GAUUCACCUGCGCAAGGGUGAUAUAUUUGUUCGACACCGGAAUAGUAUCCGGCGACGGGCACUGGUCAAGCAUCAGCAGUUUCUGUCCGUGCCACUGUCGCAGCUAGCCGGGCGCGACACAGUACCCAGCCCAAGUGACUACCAGCCAAGCACAACGCUAUUCUAUUCGGGCAUGAUUUCGAUCGGCUCUCCCCCACAACAGUUCCGGGUGAACUUUGAUACGGGCUCGGCUGAUCUGUGGGUUCCCAGCACGAGAUGUGCUAACCCAGUUUGCACACGACACAACCAAUUCAACCCAAAUGCAUCAUCUACAUACGCACCCUUACUGUGCGGCCGCCUACCCAACCAGAUCGGGAUUGAGUAUGGAACUGGCAUGGUCACGAUCCAGGCUGCGCACGACACCCUCCAAUGGGGAUCAAUGAGUAUCAGAAACGCAUCGUUCGGUGAGGCAGUCGAGAUGACGCCCGAUUUCGACGCCCAGUUCGACGGUCUCUUUGGCCUCGCCUUCCCGACACUGGCCACUCAGGGGCUUGAUCCGCCAUUAUUUGCGCUUGCUGAUCAGCAAAAGCUCAACGCAAACCGAUUCAGCUUCACGCUUGGUGAUACUGGUGGCCGCCUCGACCUUGGUAUACCGCCAGAUAGCAAUGAAACAACAACGACAUGGAUCAAGGUGACACAACCGGCGUUCUGGGCCGUCAAUGUCUAUGGAAUCGAUCUGCCCACGCGCAAGCGGCUCAAGAUCAAGACACGUGGUGUCGGCUUGCUGGAUUCGGGAACCACCACAAUCCUUUGUCCGUCGCCAGUUGCCAAGCUCAUCAACCGCAUAAUCGGUGCGUCAGACAACGGUCUUGGUGUUGACUGCGGUGUAUCGACUACUGGGCCGACCUUCCGCUUCCGUCUAGCAGGUAGAGAUGGUCAGAACAACAUCACGAUUCCUAUCUCGCCCAGCCAGUACAUUCUGGGCGACGGUGUGCCCGAGCACGGCUGCAUGUCUGCGUUCCAGGUCGGUGGGCCGAAAGACAAGUGGAUCCUAGGCUUGCCCUUUUUCAUGAACCGGACCAUCUCGUUUGACGUCGACAACACGCGAGUCGGGUUUACGACGUUGGAUAGAGAUGCGUUGGCCCGCCUGCGCACUGCUGGCGACAGCCAGGACUACGCAACCGACGACAAUGACGGGUACAAUGUCGUAGUCACCGGCCCAAGAAUCGAGUCGACAAACCAAGUUAUGCCGCGGUCCGCCACGGCCAGCCAGCAGGCAGCAUCCGCAAAAAUGCUGGCGCUGGCUCUCCUAGUAUGUCUGGUAUGAGAAAUAUGCAGUUUUUGAACUAUUGUUGGUAC